CGGCGGGUCAGAGCGCGAUGAAGGAGCCCGAGGCGGAUCCGAAGAACAUGAUAAAGAGCAGAGAGCUGCUCUACAGAUUGAUGAUCAGUCAGCUGUUCUACGACGGUCAUCAAACGCUGGCCGUGCAGCUAUCCAACAUGAUACAGGCGGAGCCGCCGUGCCCGCCCUCGGAUCGGCUGCUCCACUUGAUGUUGAUCGGCGCCGCCCACGAGCCGGAUCGCGCCAAGAAGGACAGCAGCGCUAACUUGUCCACGUUUGCGUCCAGCUUCGACAACACCCUGGGCCCCGGACUGGACCUGGAAUUCGAGACGGAGACCCAAACCCAGGCCCCAGAACCGGCACAAUACGAGACGGCGUACGUCACGUCCCACAAAGGAAAUUGCAGGGCUGGUGCUUUCUCGUCCGACGGCCAAUUGAUCGCCACCGGCUCCGUGGACGCCUCGAUCAAGAUCUUGGACGUGGACAGAAUGCUGGCCAAGUCCGCGCCGGAAGAGAUCACGCCCGGAGAUCAAACCGGCGGGCAUCCGGUUAUAAGGACACUGUACGAUCACCUGGAGGAGGUGACGUGCUUGGAGUUUCAUCCCAGGGAGCCUAUACUUGUGUCCGGCAGCCGGGACUUCUCCGUCAAGUUGUUCGAUUUUAGCAAAGCCAGCGUGAAGAAGGCAUUCAGAACCAUCACGGACGCGGAUCAAAUUCGGUGCCUGUCCUUCCAUCCAACCGGUGACUUUCUCAUAGUCGGCACCAAUCAUCCGGUGGUUAGGCUGUACGACGUCAACACCGCGCAGUGCUUCGUGUGCAGCAUCCCGAGUCACCAGCACACAGCCGGGAUAACGAGCAUCAAGUAUUCGCCGGACGCCAAGACCUACGCGUCGGCGGGAAAAGACGGUAGCAUCAAACUGUGGGACGGCGUGUCGAGUCGGUGCGUCAACACCUUCGCGAAAGCCCACGACGGCUACGAAGUAUGCUCGGUGAUCUUCACGAGGAACGGCAAGUAUUUACUGUCCUCAGGGAAAGAUUCCCUGAUUAAGUUGUGGGAAUUAUCUACUAGCAGAUGUCUAAUAGCGUACACAGGCGCCGGGACUACAGGUAAAAGGGCUACACGUAAACAGGAGCACAAGGCGCAGGCCAUCUUCAAUCAUACCGAGGACUACGUUAUGUUUCCCGACGAAGCUACUACGUCGCUGUGCGCUUGGAAUUCUCGUAACGCAUCGCGAAAGCAGCUGCUGUCGUUGGGCCAUAACGGUCCAGUGAGGAUGAUCGUGCAUUCACCGACUGCUCCCGCAUUUUUGACAUGCAGCGACGAUUUCAGGGCGAGAUUCUGGUUCCGAAGGAUGCCAACGCAUUAACGGCUGUCGAAACCGACAGACGCGGAACUGCCCUUCUCAUAAUUUCGACUUUACGGACUGGAGCGCGCGGAGACCAAAAGACACUUAAUGUCGGAUGCAUGUAGCUCUCGGUAUAAUUACGAGAGAAAGAAAACGAAGCGUAGGCAUCGCGUAAUUAUACAACUUUCUAUUCUACCUAGAUUUUAAGCGACCGACUUUGCAGAUUUUAUUUUAUUUGUGUUAAACCGCAAUUGUAUAAUAUAUGAUUCUUAGAGUAAUUUCAACAUUUACGUGUUUCAUAAUGCGCGAACGAGCGCGUAAGAAAGCUUCAUCUCCAUUUCAAAGCGGCGUACUUAAUUCGAGAGAGCCUAAAACGAUCGCCUUACAAUUCCACACGUUGUCGAGCGUAAAAGAACGACGUGCGAAUGUGCUGCAUAGUUUUUGAACAAGGUAGGUAAGAUAGGCGCAAUGCGAGUUACAAUUCAAUUGAAUGUGCGCUGAAAACGCUCCAAUUAUUGUAAAAAGAACGUCCGCCCGUGUUACAGCGCGACAGCAAGUGAUUCUACGAUAUUAAAGAAAGAGAGGAAAAAUAUACGCAGGGAU